UUUACUCCUAACGCGUGGAACUUGUGUCGACAUCCACCCUCGGUUACUGCAUACUCAGUCACACAAGCCAUAGCAGGAAACAGCGAGCUGGCAGCCUCACCGACGAGUCUCAACUAAAAGGGACUCCUGGCACUAGGGGUAGGGACUCAGCCUAACACAGUGAGUGCCUGCUAUUGGACUUUGGUCCAGUGACAGCUGAGACAAGGCCCAGGGCGAUCCAAGGACCACGGGAGGAGGUGUGGGAGAGAAGCGCCACGAACAGCGAUCGCCCAGCACCAAGUCCGCUUUCCAGGCUUUCGGUUUCUUUGCCUCCAUCUUGCGUGCGCCUUCCCGGCGUCUAGGGGAGCGAAGGCUGAGGUGGCAGCGGCAGGAGAGUCCGGCCGCGACAGGACGAACUCCCCCACUGGAAAAGAUUCUGAAAGAAAUGAAGUCAGCCCUCAGAAAUGAAGUUGACUGCCUGCUGGCUUUCUGUUGACUGGCCUGGAGCUGUACUGCAAGACCCUUGUGAGCUUCCCUAGUCCAAGAGUAGGAUGUCUGCUGAGGUCAUCCAUCAGGUUGAAGAAGCACUUGACACAGAUGAGAAGGAGAUGCUGCUCUUUUUGUGCCGGGAUGUUGCUAUAGAUGUGGUUCCACCUAAUGUCAGGGACCUUCUGGAUAUUUUACGUGAAAGAGGUAAGCUGUCUGUCGGGGACUUGGCUGAACUGCUCUACAGAGUGAGGCGAUUUGACCUGCUCAAACGUAUCUUGAAGAUGGACAGAAAAGCUGUGGAGACCUACCUGCUCAGGAACCCUCACCUUGUUUCGGACUAUAGAGUGCUGAUGGCAGAGAUUGGUGAGGAUUUGGAUAAAUCUGAUGUGUCCUCAUUAAUUUUCCUCAUGAAGGAUUACAUGGGCCGAGGCAAGAUAAGCAAAGAGAAGAGUUUCUUGGACCUUGUGGUUGAGUUGGAGAAACUAAAUCUGGUUGCCCCAGAUCAACUGGAUUUAUUAGAAAAAUGCCUAAAGAACAUCCACAGAAUAGACCUGAAGACAAAAAUCCAGAAGUACAAGCAGUCUGGUGGAUGGAAUGGAACCCGGAUGACCAAAGCCUCCUUUAGCUUGUGGCUAGAAAUCACGUCCCUUUAUAUUCUUCAUAUCCCAGAUGUGCCAACUCCAUUGCCCUGUAUAUUCAUGAUCUCUGCAAAAUGCUGCCAAGCAGUUCUUAACAUUUCAGUCUUCAAGAAAGAAUCUGGGAUCUGCACGGGCUGGCAGAGCUAUGGACAUUCAGGGGUUUUGCAUGUAUGCCGAACCCUACUGCCUUGCUCUGGUAUUUGGCCUCACAACCACUAUCCAACUUCGGGUGAUGUCACUUGGGUCUCAUACCUUCCUUGCAUGUGUCCCAAGUUUCACAAAACCUCCUUAUGGAAAAGAGCACAUUCGAUUUCUUCCUUGAUAAAAGGGACCAGAUUCACAAUGGCCUUCUCCCUUACUUGCAUUCCUUAUUGUCUUUUAGACUCAGCAUCAGCUUGGGCUCUGUUAGCAAGUUCACUGCCACCAUAGCAUCAUAGCCUAAAGGGCAUGGCUGAGACUCAUUGAUCUAUAGAGCACUCUUUUACCCCAACACACCCUAAAUGACUGAUCAAAGAUCGAGAACACAAGUAGCAUUUUUACUCCAUUCUUUUUUUUGUUUUUUGUUUUUUGAGACCUGCUUGAUUUAUUCCGAUUAUUUAUCACACAGUGACACAACAGUGAUCCCAAAGUGUGCAAAGUUAAAGCCUUCAACUGCAGCUGAGGAGAGGGCAGGAAUGGUACACUUGGGGAUGGUGGUGAGUCAGGAAUGACAGGCAGGCGGCCAUGACCAGGGCAGCCUCCUUCCCAGGGCCAGGGACUGGGGAGUGGCCUGAGGAGCAGGACCCAAGGGUAGCCCAGGGCCGGGGAAGGGGGCAGAGACCUCCCCUUGGCCUAGGUCUGGAACUCAGAAGUGCCACAUGGCUGAGGGGGCAGCAGCCUGGUAAGGCAGGGCCAGGAGAGCACCAUUUCCUGGGGGGCUGGGGACAGGGAGGCGCCCUAUAGGAGAAGCCAGGAGGGGCCGUCUGCCCCUGGGGUUGGGGCUGGGCUGGAGCAGGCUGCAGCAAGAAAGACCUGAGACAGGUGCAGGGCCUGAGAGCUCGGCUGGCUGGGUUCAGGGGGGGCUCCUAGGGCAGCCUGGCCCAGGGAGCAGUCCUAACUCUGCAGGGGAUGCCCAGCGAGGGGGGCUGCAAACCCCUCAGAGCCUCCCCUCCUCUCUCCCUGGAAAGGAGCUGGGGAACCUGUAGUGCAAAUCUGUGGACCACUCAGUUAUGGAGGGAGGCUGUGCCCGAAGGUGGACACUGGGGUGCACUCCCUCCACCACCUCGCCCUGCACCGCUGUCCUCAGUACAGCCACUUCUCCUAAGAGUGCAGGCCAUGGAUGCUGACAUGGUCCGCUUCUCAAACUUGAGCUCCCCUGAGUACAUCAUGGACUGAAGGACAGACAGGCUGCGGGCCUUGAUAUCCUGGCAGCCGUGCUGGAUGCCCACUAUGAGGUAGGGCACGAACUUCUGAAUGGACCCUUUGUCCUGGAUGGAGCCCGAGACACCCUGCAUGAUCUUCACCUUAUCCCCGUCGUUGAAGUAUUGCUUCUGGCUGCUGCUGCUCUUCUCCAUGGCAUUCAGUGAGCCCAUGUCCCGGUACUUCUUGGGCUGCAUUCCGUCUGAGAAGAAGUACUCGCCGGGGGCCUCCAUGGUGGCGGCCAGCAGGGAGCCCGUUAUCACUAUGGAGGCUCCUAGGGCCAGGGCCUUGACCACAUGCCCCACGGUCUGGAUGCCACCAUCGGCUAUGAUGGGCACACCAAAGCGCUGGGUAUGCUUGGCCACCUUGUACACAGCAGUGCCCUGGGGCUGACUGCAGGCCAUCACUUCCUGGGUGAUGUAGAUGGAGCCGUGCAGCCCAUGCCCAUGCGCAGCCCAUCGACACCAGCGUCAAUCAGGUUGUUGGCCUGGGCUCCUGUCACCAUGUUCCCCCCAAUCACCUGGAGGUGGGGUACUUUUGUUUGAUGUAAUGCACCAUGGCGAUCUGAUACACCGAGUUCCCUUGGGAUAAGUCCAAGCCUAUGACGUCAACGCCCACCUGGGUGAGCAGGUCCAGGCGGUAUUUGUCAUCCUCAUGGGUGCCCACAGCUGCCCCGCACAGCAGCUCCUCAUGGGAAUCCUUGGAGGCCACAGGGUAGUCUCGGUUCUUCUUCAGGGCGGUGCCGGUGAUAAUGGCCACCAGCUCAUCGCGAUCAUUGACGAUAGGCAGCUUCCCUUUCUUGCUAAGCUGCAGGAUCUCAUUUGCCUCUUUCAACCUCACACUGCUGGAGCCACCACUAGCUCGAUCCUUGGCGUCAUCACCUCACUGAGGAGGGUGGUGUGGUCCUUCUCAGCAAGAAAGUCGAUGUCUUGGGAGGCGACGAUGCCCACCAGCUUGCUGCCCAUGGUGCCCGUCUCAGUGAUGGGGAUGCCAGAGAAGCCAUGCCGCAUCUUGGCCUCCAGCACAUCAUCCACAGUGUGCGAGGGGCUCAGCACCACGGGGUGCGUGAUAAAGCCCUGUUCAAACUUCUUGACCUUCUGCACCUCACUGGCCUGGAACUCUGGAGUGCAGUUGUGGUGAAUGAAACCAAUACCUCCCAUCAGAGCCAUCGCGAUGGCCAUGUCGGCCUCUGUUACAGUGUCCAUGGGGGAGGAGAUCAGCGGCGUCUUCAGCGUGACCAUCGGGUCAGGGCUGAGGUCAGGUCCAACUCAUCAGCUAUGAAGUAUGUGAAUCCUGGGAGAAUCAAGAAGUCGUUGUAGGUGAGUCCCUCGUCGCUGGCGAAGAGCUGCUGCGCGGUGUGGGGAAAAGAAAGAGAUCAGAUUGUUACUGUGUCUUUGUAGAAAGAAGUAGACAUAGGAGACUCCAUUUUGUUCUGUACUAAGAAAAAUUCUUCUGCCUUGAGAUGCUGUUAAUCUGUAACCUUACCCCCAACCCUGUGCUCCCUGAAACAUGUGCUGUAAAAACUCAGGGUUAAAUGGAUUAAGGGCUGUGCAAGAUGGGCUUUGUUAAACAAAUGCUUGAAGGCAGCAUGCUCGUUAAGAGUCAUAACCACUCCCUAAUCUCAAGUACUCAGGGACACAAACACUGCGGAAGGCCGCAGGGACAUCUGCCUAGGAAAGCCAGGUAUUGUCCAAGGUUUCUCCCCAUGUGAUAGUCUGAAAUAUGGCCUCGUGGGAAGGGAAAGACCUGACCGUCUCCCAGCCCGACACCCGUAAAGAGUCUGUGCUGAGGAGGAUAAGUAAAAGAGGAAGGAACGCCUCUUUGCAGUUGAGACAAGAGGAAGGCAUCUGUCUCCUGCCUGUCCCUGGGCAAUGGAAUGUCUUGGUAUAAAACCCGAUUGUAUGUUCCAUCUACUGAGAUAGGUGAAAACCGCCUUAGGGCUGGAGGUGGGACAUGCGGGCAGCAAUACUGCUCUUUAAGGCAUUGAGAUGUUUAUGUGUAUGCAUAUCUAAAGCACAGCACUUAAUUCUUUACCUUGUUCAUGAUGCAGACCUUUGUUCACGUGUUUAUCUGCUGACCUUCUCUCCACUAUUAUGCUAUGACCCUGCCACAUCCGCCUCUCAACACCCAAAAAUGAUCAAUAAAUACUAAGGGAACUGAGAGGCCGGCGGGAUCGCGGGAUCAUCCGUAUGCUGAACGCCGGUCCCCUAGGCCCCCUUUUUUCUUUCUCUAUACUUUGUCUCUGUGUCUCUUUCUUUUCCAAGUCUCUCGUUCCACCUAACGAGAA